CCCCGCUUCCUGGUUCAUACACGGCCUUCUUUUCUCCCCCGCAAUCUAUACUCCACUUUCGCAUAUACAGCUGCUCCAGGCCAUUCAGGUUAACUGACUCCAUUUCCGUCUUCUUUGCUCAGCCCUGACUUUACCUGUGUCUUCAGGGAAGGAAUGUGAAUUUCAAUUCCGCCGCCACCUUACACUACUUCCGGAGUCCCUGGAAGCUUCCCGUUGCCAUGGCGACUGUGUACACAGCCAGUCGGCCGGCUGUCCAGAUUGCAAACAGAGCUCCCUCAAGUCGCUGCAGUUAUAGCGGUCACUCUACCCGAGUGCCGCUUCCUUACGAGUAGUGACUGAAGAUGGACCCACCUGUGGAGAUCCAGUCACCCUCUGACUUCCAGCCAUGAGUAUCACCACCAACCACCAUUUCUUGAGCACCUGCUGUGUGCUGGGCGCUGUUUUGGACUUUGUGGGGGGAAUCACAAGAGACAAAAGGCACAGUCCUUGUCCUCAAGCAGCUCGUAAUUUGAUUUGGGAGCUGAAGCCCACAUAAAUGAAGCGGCAUAAGAACGGUAACAAGCAGUAUUUCACCAGGAUGGGUACUAGGAAAAAGGUUCAAGCGUUUGUCCGUGUCAAGCCUACCGAUGACUUUGCUCAUGAAAUGAUCACGUAUGGAGGGGACAACAAAAGCAUUGACAUUCACUUGAAAAAAGACACUCGGAGAGGAGCUGUCAAUAACCAGCAGACAGACUGGUCAUUCAAGCUGGAUGGAGUUCUUCAUGACGCCUCCCAGGACUUGGUUUAUGAGACAGUCGCCAAGGAUGCAGUUUCUCAAGCCCUUGACGGAUACAAUGGUACCAUUAUGUGUUAUGGGCAGACGGGAGCUGGCAAGACAUACACCAUGACGGGGGCCACUGAGAAUUACAAGCACCGGGGUAUUCUCCCUCGUGCCCUGCAGCAGGUUUUCAGGAUGAUUGAGGAGCGCCCCACACAUGCCAUCACUGUACGUGUUUCCUACCUGGAGAUCUAUAAUGAGAACCUGUUUGAUCUCCUGUCCACUCUGCCCUACGUUGGACCCUCAGUCACACCAAUGACCAUCGUGGAAAACCCUCAAGGGGUCUUCAUUAAGGGCUUGUCGGUCCAUCUCACAAGUCAAGAGGAGGAUGCAUUCAGCCUCCUCUUUGAGGGAGAGACCAACAGGAUCAUAGCCUCCCACACAAUGAACAAAAAUUCAUCCAGGUCACACUGCAUUUUCACCAUCUACAUGGAGGCCCACUCACGGACCUUAUCAGAUGAAAAGUAUAUCACUUCCAAAAUCAACUUGGUAGAUCUGGCUGGCUCAGAGAGGCUCGGGAAGACAGGGUCGGAAGGUAGAGUCCUAAAGGAAGCCACCUACAUCAACAAGUCGCUGUCAUUCCUGGAGCAGGCCAUCAUUGCCCUUGGGGACCAGAAGCGGGACCACAUCCCUUUCCGGCAGUGCAAGCUCACCCAUGCUCUGAAAGACUCCUUAGGGGGAAACUGCAAUAUGGUCCUUGUGACAAACAUCUAUGGAGAAGCAGCCCAAUUAGAAGAAACGCUGUCUUCACUGAAGUUUGCCAGCAGGAUGAAGUUGGUCACUACUGAGCCUGCCAUCAACGAAAAGUAUGAUGCUGAGAGAAUGGUCAAGAACUUGGAGAAGGAGCUGGCAUUGCUUAAGCAGGAACUGGCCAUCCAUGAUAGCCUGUCCAACCGCACUCUCGUGAAUUACGACCCCAUGGAUGAGAUCCAGAUUGCUGAAAUCAACUCCCAAGUGCGGAGGUACCUGGAGGGGACCCUGGACGAGAUCGAUAUAAUCAAUCUAAGACAGAUCCAGGAGGUGUUCAACCAGUUCAGGGUGGUUCUGAGCCAACAGGAACAGGAAGUGGAGUCUGCCUUGCGCAGGAAGUACACUCUCAUAGACAAGAAUGACUUUGCAACUAUUUCUGCUGUCCAGAAGGCAGGGCUUAUGGAUGCUGAAGGUCACCUCGUAGGUGAACCUGAUGGACAAAGCUUUGGACUUGGGGUUGCUCCUUUUUCUAUCAAACCUGGAAAGAAACUCAGGUCUAAGAAGACACUGAAAGAUCAGUUCAGCUCCUCAGCAAGAAAGGAAGGUGCCAGCAGCCCUGUGAGUGGCAAGGACUUGGAUGUGGUUUCCAUCUCCAAGACUCAGCUGAUCCCAUCUUCCAGAGAUGGCGAUGUCAAAGACAUGCUUUCACGAGACAGGGAAACGUCCAGCAUUGAGCCCCUUCCCUCGGACUCUCCAAAGGAAGACUCACGCCCGCUCAGACCCAGCACCCCACCCUCGAAGCCUGUGGCCUUUGAAGAGUUUAAGAAUGAACGAGGUAGUGAGAUCAACCGCAUCUUCAAAGAAAACAAAUCCAUCUUGAAUGAACGAAGGAAAAGAGCCAGCGAGACCACCCAGCGCAUCAAUGCCAUCAAGCGGGAGAUUGAUGUGACCAAAGACUCACUGAAUUUCCAGAAGUCACUACGGGAGAAGCAAGGUGAGUAUGAGAACAAAGGCCUGAUGAUCAUCGAUGAGGAGGAAUUCCUACUGAUCCUGAAGCUCAAAGACCUGAAGAAGCAGUACCGAAAUGAAUACCAAGAACUGAGAGACCUCAGAGCUGAGAUCCAGUACUGCCAACGCCUGGUGGAUCAGUGUCGCCAUCGCCUGCUCAUGGAAUUUGACAUCUGGUACAAUGAGUCCUUCGUUAUCCCAGAGGAUGUCCAGGUAGCACUGAAGCUGGGCAGCAGUAUCCGGCCAGGCAUGGUGCCUGUCAACAGGAUUGUGUCUCUGGGAGAAGAUGACCAGGACAGGUUCAGCCAGCUGCAGCAGACUGUACUGCCUGAGGGUCCUGAUUCCAUCUCCUUCUACAAUGCCAAAGUCAAGACAGAACAAAAGCACAGUUAUAUGAAAACCAUGGUGGGCAUCCAACAGUCACACAGAAAAUAGUCUCCUCAAUAGCUUGAAGACCAGCAACUCUAACAUGUCCUAAGGAAGCUGCUAAACCACGUGCUCAGAGCUCCAGCCUCUCACUCUGCUGCAAGCCAGGACCAAACCCAGAGAACACACAAUUGCCUGCCUGCUAGGAGGAACAUCCUCCAAAGGACACCCUUGCUUGUCUCCACAGAAUACUUUCGGUUUUAAUUUGCUACCAAACGUAAAAUCAAGAUAAAAUUACUUUCUAGUUUGGACUUUAA